CUCCUCCUUCGGUCGACCGGUGCCCGGCCCGCCCAUCCCCGUCUCCGUCUGCGGAGUGAGGGCAGAGUUCCCCCGCGCGGGUGGGCGAUGUCGCUCGGGCUCCUUUUCCAGCUGCAGAUUCACAACCAGCAUAAUGUUGGUACUCCAAAUGCUUAAACAGAAGUGUGCAGAAUGGCGCAAGGAGAAGUUAACCUGGACCAUGAUAUACCACUCCUGACCCUUCCACCAUAUUGGGCCAAAACCAUUGUGGGACUUUUUUCCAUUAUCUGCUUUGUGAACAGUUAUGAUGGAGAUUUUGUCUUUGAUGACUCUGAAGCUAUAAUCAACAAUAAGGAUCUAAGGGCUGAUACCCCACUUGGUGAUCUGUGGCAUCAUGAUUUUUGGGGGAAUAAACUCAGUAGCAAUACAAGCCACAAAUCUUACCGACCGCUUACUGUAUUGACUUUCAGGAUUAAUUACCUUUUAGCUGGAGGCUUCCACCCAUUGGGCUUUCAUAUCAUCAAUAUAAUACUCCAUUGUAUUAUUUCUGUCUUAAUUGUUGAUGUCUUCUCAAUAUUAUUGGGUGGGCUGCACUACACCAAUAAAGGAAGAAGGCUCAACUUUGUCCCCAAAUCCUCCUUCCUAGCGGCUUUGCUGUUUGCUGUACAUCCUGUGCACACCGAAUGUAUUGCAGGGAUUGUUGGCAGAGCUGACCUCUUGUGUGCUGUAUUCUUUCUGUUAUCUUUUCUUGGCUACUGCAAGGCCUUUAAAGAGAAUAAAGAAGGAUCCCAGGUCUCCAUCAGUUGGGUUUUACUGAGUGUUUUCCUUGGCACUAUGGCGAUGCUGUGCAAAGAACAAGGAGUUACAAUACUGGGUUUAAAUGCUCUGUUUGAUGCUGUCGUGAUCAACAGGCUCAAUAUUUUGGAAGUUGUUUUGAAGAUAAUUCAUAAGGACAAGUCAGUAGAGAGCCUAGUGGUGUUUAGAAAAGGACUUCUUUUCAGAAUUACUUUUUUGUUAUCUGGAGGAGCCACUGUUCUAUAUGCCCGCUGGCAAAUUAUGGGCACAGGGCCCCCAGCAUUUACAGAAGUGGAUAACCCAGCUUCAUUUGCAACCAGUCCGUUUGUAAGGGCUGUGAAUUAUAAUUACUACUACUCUCUGAAUGCUUGGCUGUUGCUAUGCCCCUGGUGGCUGUGUUUUGAUUGGUCAAUGGGCUGCGUGCCCCUUAUUAAAUCAGUCAGUGACUGGAGAAUAAUUGCUCUGGUGCUUCUUUGGCUGUGCCUGAUUCUGCUGGCGUGCCAAGCUUUGGGUUCAAAAGAUGGCCAGAAAAGAAGAAUCCUUACCCUGGGAUUGGGAUUUCUCAUCAUUCCUUUUCUUCCUGCAAGUAACCUAUUUUUUAGAGUUGGGUUUGUUGUUGCUGAGAGGGUCACCUAUCUCCCCAGUAUUGGUUACUGCAUAUUGAUUACAUAUGGAUUUUGUCUGUUGUGUAAACAAGCUAAGAAUAAGAAAUUGUUGGUUGCUGCUCUGCUGGGCCUCUUACUGAUAAAUGUGUGGCGUUGCAUCAUCCGUAGUAACCAAUGGAGAUCAGAGGAGCAGCUCUUUAGAAGUGCUUUGUCUGUCUGUCCACUGAAUGCCAAAGUCCAUUAUAAUGUUGGCAAAAAUUUGGCUGAUAAUGGCAAUCAAAGUGCUGCAAUCAGCUACUACAGAGAGGCUGUAAGAUUGAAUCCUAAAUACGUACACGCUAUGAACAACUUGGGAAAUAUCUUGAAAGAAAAAAAUGAACUUCAUGAAGCUGAAGAACUUCUCUCACUAGCUGUUCAAAUACAGCCUGAUUUUGCAGCAGCAUGGAUGAAUUUAGGGAUAGUGCAGAAUAGCUUAAGAAGGUAUGAAGAAGCAGAGAAAAGCUACUGGACUGCAAUUAGACACAGGAAAAAAUACCCAGAUUGUUACUAUAAUCUAGGACGCUUAUAUGCUGAUCUAAAUCGCCACAUAGAUGCAUUGAAUGCCUGGAGAAACGCUACGGUGUUGAAACCACAACAUAGUUUGGCUUGGAACAACAUGAUUAUAUUGCUUGACAAUACAGGGAACUUGGCACAAGCAGAAACAGUUGGAAGGGAAGCUUUGGAGUUAAUACCGAAUGAUCAUUCUCUUAUGUUUUCGCUGGCAAAUGUACUGGGGAAAUCACAGAAAUAUAAGGAAUCCGAAGCUUUGUUCCACAAGGCAAUUAAAGCCAAUCCAACGGCUGCCAGUUACCAUGGCAAUUUGGCUGUGCUGUACCAUCGCUGGGGAAAUUUCGACUUAGCCAAGAAACACUAUGACGUCUCUCUGAAGCUUGACCCCACAGCAGCUGGGACCAGGGAGAACUACAGUCUUUUAAAAAAGAAACUGGACCAACUGCAAAAAAAAGGGUGAUGCCUGAGGUUUCUUCUCAGGCUUUGAAUGCAGAUUUCACAGAACGUGGCUACAGAUGGAGAGGCAUUGUCACAGAACACAACAACAUGGACCGUUCAGAAGUUUCUUGAAAUUUCUAGCGUUAGAAUUUCAAAGUGGGGGGGGAGGGAGCCCUAGUUUAGAACAUUUCAUUUAGAGAAUUAAAAGGGCUUGCUUCUCCUUUUAGGGGAGGGGGUGUUUUGAGAAAGUGAUGAAAUUUGAUGAAUAUUUAUACUGAUGUUCAAUCAUUUGCACUGGUAGAGUCCACGUUAAAAUGAAGAAUUGCCUUCAGCAAAGCGUAUGAACAGAGAACUGUCCCCUGUUUCAGAAAUGGAAGUGGAUGGUAACUGUUUGCUUUCAAUAGGAACUCCAGUGCAAUCCUGGUAUAGGUAGCCCUUGACUUACAACUACAAUUGGGACUGUCAUUUUAGUCCCGAAAGGGAUGCGGUUAUUAAGCGAGACAUCCCAUGACUGGCUCAGAGUUUACAACCAUUUUAGCGGUGACAUUAAGCAGACUACAAAGUUGUUGAGCAAACCUGGCUCCCCCAAUUGACAUGGCUGGUGGGAAGCCAGCUGGGACAUUGCAGAUUGUUAACACAUGAUCGCAAGGUAAUGCAACUGUCAUCAAUGCGCAGCAGUUGCCAAUAGCCCAGAUUGCAGUCACAUGACUGCAGAGGUUGUAUGAUGGUCGUAACUUUGAGGGUGGGUUGUAAGUAAGUUUUUGUGUGUGUGUGUGUGGUUGUAAUAACUUCAAACUGCCAUGACACAGAUAACUGGACGUCAAAGACUACCUGUAUGCAAUAUGACCUUCUAAUAAGGACAACACUUUGAGCAGGGAAAAUUGAUCUGUACAUGGAGGAAGAGAUGAUUUGCUUCGAUAACCCAGAAGUUGAAGUUGCUUUGACUUCUGGCCAGGCUUUAAUUGCUGUCCAUGUGUUGUAAACAAACCUGCUGAAAAUGAGCAGGUCGAGAUUUUUCCACAUUCUGCAAGAAUUCUUAGAAUUCAUAGUGCUCCUAUGAAUUUGUUAUCAUAUGUUAAAGUCAGUGUUCGAUUGGGAUACAAAGGAAGGCUUGCUAUUUUGAAGUUGUAAAAUUGGGGGUGGGGGGGGUGCCUGGAAGGUGGCAUAAAUUAUUUCAGCACUUCAGCUGAGAGUCCAAUUUAAGACAAAGAGGCUUUUUUUCUCUGGGUUUGAUAUGUUGGUGCCUGUUUUUGUGGCCCUAUGAGCAGCUUAAAUCCAUACAAUUUCUUGAAGUUUCUUCAUGUCCUCUUGGUGAGUAUAGAGAUGCCAAAAACAUACUGUUAGUGUUAUAUCUAAGUUUGUCGAAUAACUUAAGGGUCGGGAAAUAGUUUGUUCUUCCAUGUCCAUAUUUAUUCUGGGUGGAGUCUGUAUUUUUCUGUGCUGAGGAGAAAGAAAACGAUAUGCACUGAGCCAGGAUACUGAGAAAGAAAGAAAUAUGAUGUGCAUAUACUGUAUUCUAGAAUCUUAGUCCCCAGUUUCAGGUUCUUCUAAAAGAAGGACCACUAUGGAAAGAGGACUUUUAAAGGAUUCUUAGUUUAUUAAAAUAUUAAAUAUUAAAAUAUUCAAACAAUAGAUUCUAUUCAGUGUUGCACUGUUUUAGCUAUCAUGGACUUUUUUUAGAUAUUAAUAUUCCAUCAGACAAGGUAGUUAUAGAGCAGAGUUCCUCAAUCUCGUGGACCAGCACCAGGCUAUGACCCACCAGGAACCAGGCUGGGCAAGCAAGCAAAGCCUUAUCUGCGCAUGUGCAGAAUCCAAGUAGCAUGUGAAACCAUGCCCCCCCCC